CAAGACAGUUGAAAUGUUACAGCCAAGAAACAAACGCAAUAGGCAAAGCCCGGGAAGACCGCGCUGGCGGGUACGUUGGAUACCCCGCGGCGGCCUGGUUUUCCCGGGGUUCUUCCCCCAAUUCGGUGCUGCGACCUCUAUUCCACCCCAAUUCAACCUCAGAUCAUUGCGGGAUCGGGAACGAAGAUCGUUGCUGUGUGACUGUGUCCACAGGUGAAUUCAUUUGGUUCGGUUCUUGGAUCUCUAUUCUAAGAGGAACUGGUUUCUGAUUCAUCAGUUUCCAAGGUCAUCAAACAACACGGUUUGCCGUAAAUUUGCUAUCACGUAAAGUAAGAAAAAGAAUCUUUGGGUGAGAGAAACCCAUUUUGUUGUAAGAAGAGAGCUCAAUUUUACACGAACGGCCGGCCUAGCAGUGGUCGGCAUUACAGUGCACAAUGGCAUCGUCUUUGACGUUGUCACUGAGCUCCAUGGAGGUGAUGUUGGAUGCGCUCAUGCAGCGAGGGAUAGGGAAGCCUGAAGAACAGAAGCCCAAAGAAGAGGAGCCACCGGCACUGCCCACACGCCCUACUGGGAGAGGCAGGCUUCCGUCGUUGCAGAGGCCCGGCGCAGCAGCUCCGUGGAUUCACCGUCCUCCGCUGCCGUCGGCACUACCACCACCACAGGAAGAAGAUGAAGAGGAGAAAUGUUUGGUAAAUCUGGAGCUGGAAAUAAGGGCCACAAAAGCAGAGGAGGAAGUGAAGCAGAAAGAAGAAGAGCUGAGGCACAAAGAGGAACUUAUCGCCACGCUGCGACAACAGGUUGAGCAUUACGAAUCCCGGCUUUGGGAAUGUGAGGUCAGGAUGAAAUCUGUGGAGGAGGAGCUGCAGAAGCAAAUCAGUUCGUUACAGAUGGCUCAAACCAUUGAUGCUAGGAGAGGUGCAUCGACGACAACAUCGCAGCAUCGCCAAGAAUCAUCCUGUGGAAACUUGCCGCCCUCCCAGUCAUCAGCGAGGGGGCAGCAGCGCGGCUGUGAGCCCACCAUCGUUGCAGUUGACGGAAGCUCAUCGGAAGUGGAUCAACUGGCCACGGAGUUCAAGAGGGAGAGUGAGGCGUUCGAGCAAAAUGCGCGGGCGGUGGUGGAGGCUAAGCCGCCCCCUAGCAGCGCUAAGUCAGCUGACGAGCUCAAAACCCUUAAGCGGCAGUUCGCCUCAUGGAAGAAGGAGUACGAAGCCCGGCUGAAAAAGACGAAGGCGGAACUAAAAGGACUUGUGCACGCGGAGAAGAAGAGCCACGGCGACAGCCACAGCCACCAGCCACAGUGUGGGUGGUGGAGGAUAAAAGCGCCCAAAUGCAGGGCCCCCAAGUGUUGUAGCUCCAAGCUACCGAGCCCGAAAUCAUGCGGCUGCUGCUUCCGCCGCUGCUGCUAGCCCUCCAGACUAUGCGCUGAAAGGUUUGGUUCUUGCAUUUUGUGCGUUGGGCGAAAAAAAAUCAUUGGAAUAUGGCAUCUGAGUGACCAUGAAGAGAACCAUUUCAAGCUUACGUUAUUUCGUGUGAAACUAGCGAAUUCACAAUCAACAUUACGUGUGAUCACUGUUUAAAGUGCUGGAAUUGAUAAAGAAAUGGCCUUAUUAAUUUCUAAAAAGAUCACAGUGACAUUCCAUU